AUGAUAAACAACAUCAAUUUUGAUUCUUUAAAACGAAUCCCUUUCUCUCAAUGCAAAUAUGAAAAUUUUGAGAUGCGUAAACAUUUUGAUAUAGGUACAAAAAGGGUAAAUUCAAUGAAUGUCUCUCCUUGUGGAAACUUCAUGGCUUCCUCAACAAAUGAUGAUAGAAUUUUUCUUUUUGAUAUUUUACUUGGAAGUGAAAUUAAUAAUAUAUCAACACAAAAAUAUGGAUGCAAUAAUGUUGUUUUUACUGAUAAUGAACUAAAUACUUUACACACCUCAACAAAAAUAAAUAAUGAUAUAAGAUUAUUAUCUUUAGAAGAAAAAAAAUAUAUAAGAUAUUUUAAUGGACAUAAAAAAAAUGUUUUAUCUUUAUCAAUUUCACCUUGUGAUAAAACAUUUUUAUCCAGUAGUCAAGAUGGUAAAAUAAAAUUAUGGGAUUUUAGAAUUGAAGAAUGUUGUAAUACAUCUAAUUAUUACCAUAUAAAUCCUAGAGUAGCAUACGAUCCUAAAGGUAUAAUAUAUGCUAUAUCAGAAGAAAAAAAUGUUAUUAAAUUUUUUGAUUCAAGAUAUAUGAACGAUCGUCCAUUUAAAAUAAUUUCAUUAAAAUCACCUACAUGGAGAAUAAAUAAUAUAAAGUUUUCACAUGAUGGAAGAAAGAUUCUUGCUAGUGCGGAUGGUAAUUUUUUUUAUCUAAUUGAUACAUUUACUGGAGAAAAGAUGUCUUUUAGAGGAAUAAAAAACUGUAGAAGGAUGAAUUUUGGUGUUGAUUUAUCACCUUGUGGUAACUACAUCGUCGCUGGAAGUGAUUUUGGGGAUCUUCUCUAUUAUGACGCUAAAAAAGGUAAUAUUUUAAAAACAUUCAAAUCACUACAUACAAAUCAUGUUGAAAAUGUGAUUUUUCAUAAAAAAUAUUUAAUGCUGAUUACUGGAGCAAAUGAUUUAAUUUUUUGGACACCCGAUUAUAAUGAUGACAAUGUUUUUAGAAAUAUUAACUUAAUGGAUUUUAAUUAG